UUGCUGGAUUCCAAAUUCCCACCUAUAGUCCAACAUUAUGGUGCUUGUGUUUUAUAUGAAACUAUAAAUGAUAGUUGGGAAUACUGUAGCUCGAAACAGGAAAUUGUUCAAAGACUUAAAAAUAUAUUAAUAGAGAAGCUUACCAUGGGUGCGCAUAUGCAGAAUCAGUCGAUUACCAAUAAAUUAUCUUCUUCAUUAGCGUCAUUUAUAUUGUAUUGCAUACCGGAUAUAUGGCCUGAUCCUUUCGGUGAUAUCGCUACUCUUUGGUCGGGACAACCUGAAUUGCUUUUAAGAGUCCUUACCGAAAUUGCUGCUGAAUUUCAUCGAGUUCGACUGCCAUUACGACAGCGUGGAGUCGUUAAAUCGAUUCUGAAGCAAACCAUACCCAAUCUGAUAAAAAUAAUCGAAAUUGUUUUAAAUGGAGAAAAUAUUCCUCCUUCGUUAAAGAAUGCGGCAGUUGAAUGUGCUGAACAAUGGUUGAAAUUACCUGGGAAUGAUCUUGCUGAAUGGCAUUCACAUCUUCACCUCAUCCUUUUAAAUAUAGCUGAUGAUUGGUAUUGUUUAUUUUUUCGUUCUUUGUUCUGUUUUUAUUUCCUUCAAGAUUUUUUAAUUACUUAA